GCGCGUGGUGAAUGAGGCGAAAUGUAGAAGAAGAAGAUCGGUGCUCGGGGGAUGCAAAGCUCGCUGCAUACUUGCCAGUUCAUCCGAAGGAUCUACAACUCGCUGCAGAGGGAUUCUCCCAAUUUCAGCCCUACCGAUCGGCGUCGCAACUUUUGCCAGCGGAUUCGGAUUUGCUGCCCCGUGAGGAACCGGCAUGCCUUUAUGCCCGAGGUUUCACAAGGUGUGCUCGUGCUGGAAGCUGUGGUACAUAUUCGCGGUGCCCUUGCUGCUUCUGCCGCUGCCUAUAUACAUGGGAAACAAGGCCGGCCUCAGCGCUUACGCCAUGAUCUGGAUGGCGGCCUACUGGACGCUCGAGCCGAUCCCGCUGGCGGUCACGGCGCUCAUGCCGCUGGUGCUAUUCCCGCUUUUCGGCAUCCUGGGCACCGCCAAGACGACCACCCUGUACUUCAAUAACAUCGGAUUCGUCCUGUUCGGAUCGCUGGCGGUAGCGGCUGCCGUGGAAACGAGUCGCUUGCAUCAGCGACUGGCCCUCAAGUCGCUGCUGCGCAUCGGGACGAGCAAUCGAAGAAUCCUGCUGGGUUUCAUGCUGGUGACUAUGUUCAUGUCGAUGUGGAUUCCCAACACCGCGUCCGCCUCCAUCAUGACGCCCAUAGUCGUGGCCACUCUCAACCAAGUUCAUGGAAACAGCAGAAGCCCGUCCGAAGGUUUGUCACCGCAGGUUGAGCUGUAUGCAUAG